AAUCCGUAAGCUUACAGUCGGUCAUGGUUCGCGUCUGACAGGCCAAUAGGAGUCAAGGAUUCGUCGUCACCGGCAGACUUCCCUCGCUUUCAGAUUUAAGAUACCAUGGAGAACUGAAGCGCAGAGAAUUUCAUGCCUUCGCUUCAAUGGAGAAGAGACUACGCUCGAUGCUCCAUAGCUCAGCAGAAGGGUUUCUCUCUUCAGCUACAAAAUCAGGGUUCAAAAAAGUCUCGAAACCCUCUCUCAGAACUCUAAUUCACGGCCUCAAACCUUCUUCCGAUGUCGCUGGCUCCCUCCCUCUUGCCCUCUGCCACUCCAUUUCUCAGGCAAUCGAGAAAUUCAAAAGCUUCACUGACCCAGCUUCCGACGGCACCGCCUCCGCUGGCGGAGAAUCGUCCCCCCAAACACCUCCUACCAAGCGGCUUCGCAGAUCUGGUCGGAACCGGAAGAAUGACGAUGAGGAUUCAAGCAAGGACAGAAGUGAAGAUGCGAAGCAUUCUGUCGUGGAAAGUUUGCAGCUAUAUGCUUACAUUUUGUUUCAGUGCAUUUCACAUCCCAAAGAUAUAUUCGUGGCGUCUGAUUUGUUGCCGGCUGCUCGCGAAUUGCACGAUAACUUGGUGUUUUUUGAGUCGGAUUCCGGCUUGUUAUCUGAAAUUGCUAGUGUGUGCGAAGAGUGGUGGAAGAGAGAUUUGCCGGGCAGAGAAUCCCUAAUUACUCAGUCACUGCCGUUUCUGUUGUCGAGGGCGUUGACAUUCAAGAAGAAAGUUGAUGUGCAUAGAGUGUACGCUCUGCGCGAAGCCUUCACGCUGUUUGAUUUCGAUGAUGAGAGCAUUGCGGAUUUGAAGCAUUUGAUGAUGCGGUGUGUGAUUUCGCCUCUGUUCUUAAAGACGGAGGACGGGAGGAAGUUUAUAGCGUUUAUGUUUGGGUUGAGCGGGCAGCUCGCGAAGGAGGCAUUGGCAAUGAUUAAGUCACAGGUUCCUUUUGGACGUAAAUCGACAUUGGAGGCCUUUGGGGAAAUUGUUUUCAGGGCAUGGAAGGCUGCGGAAGGGGAAUCCAGGAGUGAUAUUGAGGACGGGUUCUUGCAAGUGCUGAUUGAUAGUGCUAUUCAUGCAAGCUCAGCAACAUUUUCUGCAUCAAUUAGGAGGAUUUUGGGAGGUUUCAUUGUUCAGAGAACGAUAGCUGGGGUUGAAAAAGUCCUUUUUCGUCUUGCUGAGCCAGUCAUUUUUCGAUCACUGCAGGUUGCAAACUCAAAUGUUCGUCAAAAUGCAUUGCACUUACUUCUGGAUUUAUUUCCUCUUGAAGAUCCUGAUGCUACAAAGGAGGCAAAAGACACACUCGUUGAGAAACAGUUCUUUUUGUUGGAUAAAUUAGUGAUGGAUGAAUGUCCAGAUGUGCGAGUUGUAGCUGUUGAAGGGUGUUGUCGGAUUCUUCGUAUGUUCUGGGAAGUUAUUCCUUCGCUCACAAUCACCAAAACAAUUACUAAAAUAUUUGACCAUAUGGUGCAUGAUGCAUGCACUGAAGUCAGGCUUUCUGCAGUGAAUGGUAUCAUAUAUUUGCUGGGAAAUCCUCAUUCUCAUGAGGUCCUUAAAGUGCUUUUACCAAGAAUGGGUCAUUUGAUUUCGGAUAGUACACUUUCCGUUCGUUCUGCCACUGUAGAUCUCCUUCUCAGUUUGAGAGAUAUAAGAAACUUCUUCUUUCACAAGGUGGUUAGUAUAGAUGCAUUAUGUUCUGCAUUGGCAAGUGAUCAACUGCUUGUUGCUCAGAAAAUCACUAAACUUCUUCUUCCUUCGUAUUUCCCCUCGAAGGUAAAACUGGAAGAAGCAUGUAAUCGUUGUGUUACACUUGUAAAGAGGUCUCCUGCUGCUGGAGCAAGGUUCUGUGAAUUUGCUGUGUCAGCGGGAGCCUCUCUCCAGUCUUUGAUGGAACUGUUAAAAGUUUUUAUACGUUUGAUUCUUUCGCCUGGAAAGCUGGAAGAAGAUCAAAUUAAUGGUAUGAUUAUUGGUACCUCACACCUUUAUAACCAUCUUGUAAAAGAAGCAUCUUUCCAGGCUACUCUUAAGGAAGAGUUAUCAGGUAAAGUACUGGAAAUCCUGUUUGCUGCAGCAACUACAAACCAUGCUAAGUCAUCUAUAUGCAACAUUGUUACAACAAUUUCUCCAGAAGCUGUUGUUGAUGGUCUUUUUGAAGAAUGCUUGGCCUUGAUCACAAAUUGCAGUGGAUUAUCUGGUAAUGUAGAGAGGCAAGCUGAGGUGAGGUCUGCACACAGGAUGAUGCUGUCUUGUGGUUGGUUUGAUGAUAUGUUUGAAUCUCUAGCAACAAUUCUGCAAGAAAUUGCCUCCAAAUACCAUUCUAGGAACAAGUCAGCAAAACCUGAGGUUUCCUCGGCAAAACAGAGGAAAACUAAAUCCUCCACCAGAAUUUCCUCAAAAUGCAAGCUUUCCAACUCAAAGAAGGCAACAAAUAAGUCAAAAGUUAGCUCUGCUGAGGAUUAUGAGAUUGCUGAGGGAAUAGCCUGGCAAGUAAAUGAUCUGUUAUUAUCUGAAAGUACAAGAAAGGCUGUGUUAGGAUCUGGAACUUUGGAAACCACAUUUCUUGCUCUGAAGGAUAUCUCAGAAUUUAGCAUUCUGCAGCCUGUGCAGUGUGAUUAUAUCAGUGUAUCUCCACUUCUAGCUUACACAGCUCUUAGUUUGCAUAUGUCUGCUCAAAAUAUCAGCAUCAUUGAAAAACAUUCAGUAAAGAAAAGGAAUUGCCUUGAACCAACCUCAUCUGCAGAGAGAACUACAUUGGACCUGACAAUGGAUCAUCUUCUAGACUGCACAAACAAAUUCUUCAGAGCAAGAGGUCACGACAAGUUCUUUUCAGGUAGAGUGAGGAUGCUAACUGCAGUACUGAAGUUCAUUGUUGAUGCUACUGCAAUGAAUCUUUACCAUGAUCUAGAAGCCUGCCUGAAGUUCACUAUGGAAUACAUACAUUUUAUCAUCUCCUGUUUAAGAAAGUAUUCCAUUAACCAGCUGCAAUUAACAGACGAGGGCACGAAAGACACAUUUCUAUGUUUGAAAAGUUCCUUCACAUAUGGAGCCAAGUUACUCAAUCUGGUGCUCAAGAAUUCCUUUGAUGCUUCAACACCACAACCGGGAGCUUACCAUCUUGCCAAUGAACUGCUUAGCCUUACAGUUUCUAUUGAGGAACAUUUGGGCUAUGGCCAUGCGUCUCGUCUAUUCUCUGCUGCUAACCCUUGGGUACCUGAGUUAAUUCUGGCAUUAGGAUCUUUGCUCAUAAUGAAUCAGAUUGCAGAAGAUAGUGCGGUUCUUACACACGAACAUGAUAUCACAAAUCUUCCCUCCUGGCUUUCCAUUUUAGCUAGGAUUGAACUCUUUGAACUACAAGGAGAUGGUUCUGAUGAGGAAACUGAUGGAGCUUCUAAAGAAUUCGGCUUCUUAGCAUUCAAGAAACUAGUGGGUAUGAUAGUUAAGAUGCUAAGAGGCAACCGUAACGUAUUGGAUGCAUUUGGAGCAACCAUCAUGAACAUUUUGCUAGCUAGGUUGCAAAGGAAGAGGGACUUUGAUGUCAUGCUGGGGCUGUUGCACUUUGUCUGUGUGAAGUUGGUAAAAAAUGAAGGGCAAAAAUGGAAAGAACUUAAACUCAUGCUGUCAUACAUCCAGCAGCUCUACCAUCAACUAGAUUUGCAGGCUGAAGAUCCUAACAAUGGUGAGGACGACUUGCAGAAGUUGCAGAGUGCAAAGGCAUUGCUUCAGCCUGCUUUGCUGUACUGUUCAUCUGAUACUGGAAGGAAUUCAUUUGAAGAAGAAUGAUGAAACAUUCUGUGUGAUUUUGAUAAACUGUAGCCAAACCUGGGCAAUAUAGGCACAAACCUUAACACUGUUAUGUUUAGAUUCUUCUAACAAGGAUCAGUAGCACCAAAUUCUGUUCAGACAAUAAAUACUCUGAUAUCAUUGUAUAAAAUGUUUCCAGACAGUAUAAAAAUUCCAUAAUUGAAGAAAAUAGAAGUUCUGUGCUGA